AGCGACAGCAGCGCGCCUCCGGCUGCGGCCGCCGGACACACGAGCAGCGACACGCGGGAGCCCGAGACACAAAACACCGCAAAGAGUCCCGCGAUCAGUCCCGCGAGGACCGACAGGCGCGCCGAGCCGCUUCCGGGCGACGCCAUGUUUGUUUGCCUCCGGAGUCCAGACCGGAUCUAUCCCGAGUCGGAGGAGGAACGACACCAUGCGGGCAGCGAGGCUCCAUCUGGCCGCGGCGCUGGCUCUGUUUGCCGCAGUGUGCGGGUCGCGGGCCGAGGUCAUCGACGACGUGCUGGGCAGCCUCUCCAGGGGCGCAUCCUUCCUGGAGCGGCAGCACGAGCACAUCAACCUGGACGGGGUGGUGGGGUUCCUCAUGCUGCAGGCCGAGCUGAAGGAAGCCGUGCGGACGUGGCCUCACACCGACCCGGUCAGCUGGGCUCAGAGAACCUCCACCGUGGCGCUGGUCAGACGUCUGGACCAGAGCUUCCACAAGGCCGUCGCCGCCCUGCAGCAGAACGACCCCAAGUACUACAGAGAGUUUGAGCCCUUGCUGUCAUGGAGCUUCUGGUUGGUUCCUCAGGAGUGGAGCUCCACGGACCACAGCCUGGUCUACCCCUCCACCAUGAGCACCGAGUGCUACGACGAGCAGCUCAGUGACAAUUGUCUGACCCUGCUGCUGGGAACCUGGAAGACGAGCGGGACGCCCUGCAUCGUCACCAAGCCCUGUCGGGACACCAUGACCCGCUUCGGGUGUCCACACUACUCUCUGUCCCACCAGCUGCUCUACUUCAUGAUUGGGAAAAUGCGAGGCUGCACCAACCUGCUGAAGGGCGACAUGCGAGCGUCCAGAGUCAACAUGACCGAGAGGAACUACCAGAGGAUCUUCUGCUCCAACAUGAUGAAGACGAACCAGGACAUCGUCAGAGACGGACUGACGGAGCAGACGGUCGACAUCUUCAUCGAAAACAUCCUGAUCUGUGGAUUGGCCGGUUUCUCCGACUUCUACAAAGCCGACUGGCUGCAGCACAUCCUCCGGCUGCAGGACGAGGAGGUCGGCUGCUUCGGCAGAGACAGGAGCAUCGUGUCGCAGAUCAUCGGAGACGAGCUGCUGGAGCAGCUGCAGCCACACAGGAGGGUGAAGAGGAGGGAGAAGAUACUUCCAGACGGCUGCUCCAGUCACAUGACGGCGGUGGCCGUCGGCGCGCUGGGCGGAUACCUGAACUACCACCUGCUGGAGCAGGACAUCACCAAGAGGCCGCUCUCCUGAAGCCCCGCCCCCUCCUCACCUCACGUUGUCGAUCAUCAGGUAGAGACUUGAUUUCAACACGAUACACCAUGUUGCUUUAUGAAAUUAGUCUUCAGACGAAAUACUUCUUAUAUCAGACAAGACGCCUUUAGAAAGUGCUGGUGAUGGUGGUUUUCUGAUCUUCCGUGUCACUUCCUGUUUGUGUCCCGCUCCACGUGGACCCCACGUCCUCGGCCAGGCGUCGAUCUAAAGCAUAGAAAGUUAACAGUCAACAAUCUUUUUCUACGAGAUAUCAGGGUCCCGGGAGUUAAUAUCUCGCAUGUAUCUCUCAGUUUCACAUUUUCAGAGUGAAGUUUGUCAGGAUCAGAUUUUUGCUUCUUGCUCCAUAAGUAAUGAACCUUUUUAAAUUUCUGGUCAAAGGAGUCGCUGUGACGUCGUCUCCUGCUCGAGGUGUUUAAACAUAACAAUCUGUAACGUGAUCUGAUGCGUCAGGUGUCCAGGUGGAACUUCCCCAUUUGAAAGGAUUGGAAAUAUUUAACACAGCUGUAAAUAAAAAUGAUCAUUAUUUUACAGAAAGAAAGAAGAAAGAAAAACUUUUCUUGUUUCUUCAAAACAUAAAAUCUUUAUUGUCGUUAAAUUAUGUUUCUGCUUUUCACAAAUAUAUUUAUCUACUGAAUAGAAAAACACAAAACAGCUUCAGAAUGUGAAGACGGUCCUUCACCAACGAAUAUAUGAAUCAUGAAUGUAUGUAGACGAACAUUAUGUAUUUUAUGUUGAGCUCCUUCUCCUCUGCACAGUAAAUAUUACUGAUAAUAAAUGCAGAUCAGUUCUGGCUACAAGA